UUUUGAAAAAAUCUCCAAGGGCAUGAUGGAGAGAGGCCACAAUAGGGACUCUGAGCAGUGCCGCGUGAAAGUCAAGGAGCUCAGACAAGCGUAUCAAAAAACAAAGGAGGCAAACGGUCGCUCCGGGUCAGAGCCGCGGACAUGCCGCUUCUACGCCGAGCUGCAUGCAAUUCUAGGGGGGGCUGCCACCACUACCCCACCUGUGAUCGUGGAUUCUGGGUCGGGGAUAGUCUCAUCAGCGACGCCUGAGGAUUCUGCCGAUGGGGGAGAGGAGGAGGAGGAGGAUGAGGAUGAGCUUGCAGAGAGCACACAGCACUCCGUUCUCCCCAACAGCCAGGAUCUUUUUCUCACCCUGACUGAAGUACCCUCCCAAGCCUCCCAAGCCAGUACCCAAGACUCUGACCCCAUGGAAGGGACCUCAGCAGCUGCAAAUUCCUCAAGCCUCCCUCCUCCAUCCCGAAGGUUAUCACAGAUAAGGCGUCGUAAGAAGAGAACGCGAGACGAGAUGUUUUCUGAAAUUAUGGAAUCCAGCCGCAGUGACAGAGCUCAUCUGAAUGAGUGGAAGGAAACAGUUUCAAAGUAUAGGAAAGAAGCCAGUGAACGUGAGGACAGGAGGGACCAACGUGAGGACAGGAGGGACCAACGUGAGGACAGGAGGGACGCUCGAGAUGAGAGGUGGCGGCAGGAAGACCAGAGGAGGCAGGAUGCAACGCUGGGGCUGCUGCGUGAGCAAACAGACAUGCUCCGGCGUCUGGUGGAGCUUCAGGAACGGCUGCUGGAAAACAGACUGCCGCUUCAGCCCCUGUUCCACCCUCCCCCCUCCCCAUGUUCCGUAUCCUCCUCACCCAGACGUGUAAGAACACGGGGGGGGAGGCUCCGUACACCUUCCCAUUCCACCCCAGUAGACAGCCCAAGCAAAAGGCUGUCAUUUUUUUAACCUUUUCUUUGUGGCUUUUUCCUUCCCAGCAAUCCUCCUCCCAAAUACCACCCGGGUUCCCUCCCUCUUUUUCUAAUC